AAAAAAAAAAAUUUCUGAUUUUUUUUCUUCAAAAUUUCAGAUUUUUUGGAAGGUUUUAGAGAGAGAAAGUGUCAAAGAGUGAUUUUGUGAGAUGGGAAAUGUCUCGUAAAGCCCUAACUUAGUUUAUCGAGUAUUUAUAUACGGAGGGCAAUUUAGGAAAUUCAAGUAUAAAAUGUGAGCGUCACCUAAUAAAAUGCGAACGACGUUUAACAACACCCUUUUGAUGUAUGAGGUUUCCUCUAGUCUAAAAUUUUGUUCUCUGAUUUGGUAUAAUAUAUUGAGUUGUAGAAAUCAGUGGCGGACCCAUAGAACACACUAUUUUUUUUUUUUUUUUUUUUUACAACAAAAAAAUAAAAAAUAAAAAAUUACCUCGUGUUAUUUGCUUUUUUCCCCUUUAGAUCUAUUUCACGGUACGUCCUCUCUCUCUCCUCCCAGGACAUAGUACUCCUUCCUCUCUCUCUCCUGCAUUGAAGAGUACUCGAAAUUCUCCAUUGAAGGGCUUCUGAGCUUUCUCUCCUCCACUGAAGCAGUCUCAAAGGGUUUGGUUUGUCAAGCGUACUCGAAAUUCUCCAUUGAAGCGGCUUCUGACUUUCUGAGCUUUCUCUCCUCCAUUGAAGCAGUCUCUAAGAUCUAUUUCACGGUACUCCUUCCUCUCUCUCUCCUCCAUUGAAGCGUACUCGAAAUUCUCCGGUGAAGGGGCUUCUGAUCUUUCUCUCCUCCAUUGAAGCAGUCUCAAAGGGUUUGGUUUGUCAAGCGUACUCGAAAUUCUCCAUUGAAGCGGUUUCUGACUUUCUGAGCUUUCUCUCCUCCAUUGAAGCAGUCUCUAAGGAUACGCCACUGCUGUUUUUAAAAUGGAUUCUUCAUCAAAAUAUAAACUUUUCGAAAGGGGUCUUACAAGUUACAAGAAGAAAAAGAGGCCUGCUGAUGCUCUAGAGCUAGUAGCCAAACGUCUAGUAAAAUGUUUGGAAGGUACCUCUGUGGACGUGGCGCUGUGCACGUUGAUGUUGAUACGAUUUUCAAUAUCUUUACUUCUGUGUUUCCUAAUUUGGACGUACCUGUACGAAGAGAGGAUAGAUUAGAGUAUGUGGUAGAUAACCUCAUCUCUUAUAAUUUGGUACAAGCCGCCUUGUCAUUGACUACUACAACAUGUCCGGCUGAAUACAAAUUUCCUUUCUUAGAGCUACAGAUGCGAGUUCAUCAUAAUCAAGGGAAUAUGGAAGAGUUUUGGAAGAUUGCUCGGGAGUGGAAAGUCAAAAAACUAUUUGCAUAUGCAGAAACAGCAUAUAUCAUGGGGACUAGUAUGAUGGAUUCAGGAAAGCUGCAGGAGUCAAUUCCUUACUUUACUAAAGGAUUGGAUUUGGCUGAAGGUAAUAGAAAGCAAUCUUUGGUGGAAAAGAUUCAAAACAUGCUUGAUAAGGUAAAAAGAAUGAAGGAUGAAAGAGAGCUUGCACCGCAUGAAGCUGUACCAGAAAUACAGGAUGAUAUACAAAGUGCGGCACAAGAAGCAACGCAGUUGCUUGUUCAACAACAAGAAGCGGAGAAAGCCGAAAGAAAUGGUAAUGUGAACUUAAACUAAAAGAAAUUAAUCAACAAUGUUUCAAAGUGAUUAAAUUGAAUUGAAUAUGAAUUGUAAAUUUGUCAUUUA